AUGGAGGUUGACGAAGAUGCUAGCAAAUAUGACCCAGAGCAGUCGCUCGAGGAGCGCCGCGAGAUCCAGCAGAGCAUCCGCAACCUCGAGAAAGACAUGCAUGAGAAUGCAGAGGCUUACAUGCAGGUCGGCUCCACAAAAGUCUUCGACGCGCUCGCACGGCUCGAGGAAAUCAACAAGAACAUUAAACAGACCAACGAGGCCGCCAUCGACUCAAAAGCACUCGUCACGCUUGUCGACCUCCAGAGUCGCAAGCUGCAGAAACUAACUGCCGGGAACCUGGGGAAUGGCAUCGACACGGACGAGUUUGUCUCCAAGUGCAUCACGUACAUGCGUCGAGGCGCCGGCAUAGCGGAUGACGAGAACGAGGAAUUGACGCAUACACAGCGCAACCGUCGGCGCGGUGCGCAGCGAGGUGCGAUUGGAUCCGACGAUGACGCCUCGGACGAUGAGGAGGGUGGUGAUAUGAUGGACUGGGCGCACCUUGGGCGGUAUGCCUGCAUACCAAAUGUACGGAGGCCGGCACUGUCGGGCUUCUUGCUUGGGCCCUUGUCAGUGCAGAAGAAAGUCCGCAAGCUGGUCACAAGGACGGCGCCCUUGCGGGUACGCGACCUGCAGGAGGUCCGACCUGAAGUCCUGAAUACUGAGGACCUGGCAAAGAACGAAAAUGACCUCACUGCUAUUUGCAACAAGAUCCUGAAACAGCUCAAGUCUGUGAGGGACACGGCGAUCCAAGAACUGCAGAAAAUGCAAGACGACGAUAGCAUAGAUGGCGAGCAGAUGGAACGGGCAAUGGACAUCUUGGGCAUUACUGAAACAGGUAACAUCGAUCUGGUGCGAUUCUGCAUCAAUCCCAGGUCUUUCGGGCAGACAGUGGAGAACAUGUUCUACGUGAGCUUCUUGAUUCGCGAGGGAAUGGUGGAAGUGCAUUAUGAGGAGAAUGGGCUGCCGUCUCUUUGCCCUUCCAGCGCCGGCGAGAAGGGACAGCCUUCAAACGCAGUGUCCACACACGGGACCAUGAAGCGACAAGCAAUAAUGUCGAUUGACAUGCCAACGUGGAGAGAUUUGAUACAGGCCUUCAACAUCAGAGAGCCCAUUAUUGAACACAGACAGGAGGCGCAGACACAGGGCCCUGGAGCGCGAGGCUGGUACAGCUAG